GCGCGGAAGAACCUCGUCUGCGCCUGCGUACACGGGCACUGAGGGGCCUGCGCUCGGCAUGGGGGACCCGGAGUCAGAGUCGGAGCAGAUUCGUCUGAAGUGUAUCCGUAAGGACGGCUUCUUCACGGUGCCUCCGGAACACAGGCUGGGACGGUGUCGGAGCGUGAAGGAAUUUGAGAAGCUGAACCGUAUCGGGGAAGGCACCUAUGGCAUUGUGUACCGGGCCCGGGACACGCAGACGGACGAGGUUGUUGCCCUGAAGAAGGUGCGGAUGGACAAGGAGAAGGAUGGGGUCCCCAUCAGCAGCCUUCGAGAGAUCACACUGCUCCUUCGCCUUCGCCACCCGAAUAUCGUGGAGCUAAAGGAAGUGGUGGUGGGGAACCACCUGGAGAGCAUCUUUCUGGUGAUGGGUUAUUGUGAGCAAGAUCUGGCCAGCCUUCUGGAGAACAUGCCGACACCCUUCUCUGAGGCCCAGGUCAAGUGCAUUGUGCUGCAAGUGCUCCGAGGCCUUCAGUAUUUGCACCAGAACUUCAUCAUCCACAGGGACCUGAAGGUGUCCAACUUGCUCAUGACCGAUAAGGGCUGUGUGAAGACAGCGGAUUUCGGCCUGGCCCGGGCCUAUGGCAUCCCAGUGAAACCCAUGACCCCCAAGGUGGUCACACUGUGGUACCGAGCCCCCGAACUGCUUUUGGGAACCACCACGCAGACCACCAGCAUCGACAUGUGGGCCAUGGGCUGCAUCCUGGCCGAGCUGCUGGCCCACAAGCCCCUUCUCCCCGGCACAUCCGAGAUCCACCAGGUGGACCUGAUUGUGCAGCUGCUGGGGACGCCCAGUGAGAACAUCUGGCCAGGCUUCUCCAGGCUGCCUCUGGUGGGUCAGUACAGCCUGAGGAAGCAGCCCUACAACAACCUCAAACACAAGUUUCCGUGGCUCUCGGAGGCUGGCCUGCGCCUGCUGAACUUCCUCUUCAUGUAUGACCCCAAGAAAAGGGCAACGGCCAGAGAUGGCCUGGAGAGCUCAUACUUCAAGGAGAAGCCCCUGCCCUGUGAGCCAGAGCUCAUGCCCACCUUCCCCCACCACCGCAACAAGCGGGCCAUCCCGGCCACGUCUGAGGGCCAGGGCAAGCGCUGUAAACCUUGACAG